AGUCACAGUCUGUUACCAACAUCUCCAAACAGAUUCACACAUCAGGCCAAGGCCCGGUGAUCCAUCCAACAACUCAACACAACAACAACAUCAACACUACAGUGACCUCGCCGCAUCAGACUCCGUCUCGUCGACAAGUUGUCACCACCAAACCCAACCACGACCGUCGUUGCAUGUUCCCAUGUCUUUGAGACAUCAGUACCCAAAGGACAGCUUUAACUCAGACACGGCCGACUGACAUCGACUUCAUGGAUCGAUACCCGGACGUACGAAUUGAGAACAUAGUCUACGACUCCUCACAUCACCACAAACACACAACAUCAUUGCCAACACCUCUUCCAUCACCAACCUUUGGCACCGAGUUUGAGCCUCAUCGUCGAUACUCGCACUCGCAUUCCCACCGAGGACAACUUGCUCCUCCGUCUCCAAGAGAUCUAGCAUUUUCAGAAACCUUCUCAUCUGGUACCAAGCACAACGACAAGAUGUGUACCCAGGAGAUUAGCCACAACACCUACGCCAGCGGGGCGCGGCCCGACGUCACCGAGACUGUUCACCUAUGCAGCAAGGGCUUCUGCGCUGUCCCCAAGAUCAAAGAGAUCUGGCAGGAGCUCCCCGACAAGUCGAGCAGAAGCGAGCCCAGGUACGGUGGAUACCUGCCUGCCCAUCUGCCGCCUACACCUCGCGAAUCCAAGGAGCCUUCGCCCGUGGGCAAGCGGGACUCUGGUUACCUCCAUGGCACUCGGUUCUCGGAGCCUUCGCGCUCCUCGAGACACAAUGACGACUACUCGAAUUACAAGUAUGGCAGCAGCCCAACUGACAGCAAGAACAAGUCGGAUGUUUACACACGUCCCUCCGUCGUGCUCACGCAGACCCUCGGUGUCCCUCACGAGGAUAAGACUCGUCGCCGCUCCCCUCACGAGCGCGACCCCAGCCCCAAGCGUGGCCCCGCUAUUCCCUACCGCGAACACUCCAAGAGCGACCGCGGUUACGAUGCUAUCGUGACUAACCUCGCUGACGAAGACCGUCGACGUCGUCGCGCUCACAAGUCCUCUGAUGCCGUUUCCACCACCGCCACCACCGGCAUCCCUACCUCCUCUCGCCCUCCCCUCUCGAGCUCCAACCCCGGCCGCUACGGAUCCAGCCCCAACGGCCCCAGCGGCAUGGACUCGAUCCGCCGUAGGAACAGCGUCUCUUCUCGCAACGAUGACACCGGCCGUACACCCCGCCCGAGAACCGCUUCUGGAGGAUCUCGCUCGCGCGCCUCGUCCGUCGGCGUCCGCUUCGCCGAUGAAGUCGAGUCCAAGAUCAGGCAGCAGAACGCCGAGAUCGCCAGCCGCUCCAACAAGCCGAGCACCGAGCAGGGUACUAACCAGCCUGAGCUCAAGGGCAUUCUCAAGAAGCCCGCUGGUGCCCGCGAGGAGAGCAACGAGCGCAGCAAGGAGAAGAAGGGAAAGGGAGCCGAGGUGGACAUGACCGUCGAGGAGUUGAAGAGGUCGGUGGAGAGCUUGGGGCUCAGGGGGUCUUCCAGCCGGGACAGGGAGAGGGAGAGCAACGUCUCUUCGUCUCUCACCGGGUCGAUGGGCGAAAUCGAUUACGAUCGGUUGAGGAGCAGGUUCGAUAGGGAUAAUGGUGGAAGCACUGGGCGGCAUGGAAGCCAUAGGGUGAGAGAGGUUAGGGAUGGUGACCGGCACCUCUAUUAUUGAGCGGUACCUGGGGGGAACGGGAGGAGCUUGUGAGGAGCGACCACGAUGAACGGAAACACGAAAAUCGACAAAAAAUUCGCUUCGACGGCAUGACCAAAAGGUCGUGCCACUGUAUUACUAGG